AUGCAGCAGCAGAUAAUGGGCGCCCUCGUUCGUCAGGCCACCGGGCUCUCCCCUCGGCUGCGCGCUGCAGAUGGGAUAAGCUUCAGCUCCGGCGGCGCCCAUGGCCACCACCGCGUGGUGCUCGCCACCGCCAUGAGCAAGGACAAGUUCUUCGAGAUCGAGAUGGUGGUCCGCGACGACGAGGUGGACGAGUACGGCGUCGUCAACAACCCGAUCUACGCCAGCUACCUCCACAGUGGUCGUGACGUGAUGCUUGAGCAGCUGGGCAUCAGCGUGGACUACUGGACAUCCACGGGCAACGCCAUGGCUCUGUCAGAGUUGAACCUCAAGUACUUCGCGCCUCUCAGGAGCGGUGACGUGUUUGUUGUCAAGGUGAAGCCCGUGCUAAUCAAAGGCGUGCGGAUUAUUGUGGAGCACAUGAUCGAGACCCUGCAGGAUCGUAAGCUCGUGUUGGAAGGCCGGGCGGUCGCUGUUUGCCUCAACAAGGACUUCCGUCCAACUCGGGUAUUCCCGGAGUUGUCAGCGAGUUUAAUAGAGGUCUUCUCCUGCAAAGUUGCCUAG